AUGAUCAUGUCGAAAAAAAAUCGUAUUUCUUUGACUGUCAGUUCUCUUGCAAUGCUUAUGUUUGGAAUGCAUAUUUAUUUAACAAUGUCUCCCAAACCUGCAAAAUCCUAGUAAGUCAAAUAAACAUGCAAUUUUUGUUUUAAUUUUCAAAAAAACUUUAGUGAUAAAUGCCAUAUUGAUGAUUGGAAUCGUAUUACGCUUGAAGAUAUUCCACAUUCCAAAAAAAUUCGAUUAUUUGGAAAAGAAGGAUUAACAAAAUAUAGAAUGGAUACACUUUUAGGUGGACAACUUCGAUUAGUUAAUUCAUUUGUUUAUCCAAAUCAUAUAGCAGUUACAACAACUGUUCAACAUUCUGAAAAGUAAAAUUCAAUAAAAUCUCGGUUUUAAACAAUUAUGUACAUUUUUAGCGAUAAUAUAACUUGUGUCUAUUUUGAUUGUAAUCGAAAGGAAAUUCCUGAUACACGAUUCAAAUCAAUAUAUUAUCCUUAUAAUAUUGUUCAAUGUGCAAGACGAUAUGGAGCAGAAUAUAUUUCUCUAGAUUUAGAAGAUGGAAAAGAGAUUCCUGAACCUGUUCCAAUGAUUUUCAGGAUCUAUAAAGGUUGAAGGUUACCUAUUUUUUCUAGAUAACAUUUUUGAAAUUUUCAGAACCAAUUCAUGCAAUUUCAGUAUGUGUUGGUCCAAUUUAUGGAAAUGAAUCAAAAUGGUUGGGAAUUGCAGAAUAUAUAGAACAUUAUAAACUUAUUGGGAUCAAGCAUUUUUAUUUCACUGUUUUCAAUAUGAAUGAAUAUGAUCGGAAAAUAUUGAAUGACUAUAUUCGAUUAGGAGAAGUUGAAUUGACUGAAUUGGAUACUGAAUAUAAAAAAGAAGAUUGGCAAAUGCAUAUGGUUCAACAAGAGGUAUUUAGAUAACAUAUUUCUAAAUACAAAAAUGAUGAUGUGUGUUUACAGGAAUGUUUACAACGUGCGAAAUUUCAUUCAAAAUGGGUUAUUAAUGCUGAUUUUGAUGAGAGACUUGUGUUGAAAAAUAAUAUUACAAUUGAAGAUCUUUUGAAUUCUGUCAAAAAUGCAACAGAUUAUACAUUAUCUGUUGCGCGAGUAAUAAAGAACGAAACAAUGCCUGAAAAAUAUAUCAAUUCCUCACAAACCAAAAACGAUAUGCAGUUCAUUAAACAUCAUUUGACUUCAAAUUCGUCAUUCUUCGGUUCAAAAACAAUUUUUCGGUCUGAUACGGCGGCAAAAAUAUACUAUCAUCGUGUUAUUCACCAUUAUAGUGAUCAAAAAUUUGUGCCACAAAUCGAACCAGAAGUCGCCUAUCUUCGUCAUUAUCGAACCGAUAAUGAAAACGGAAUAAAUUCAGGAUGGCAAAAAAAUCAUACUGAAUUCGUGUUUACUGAUUUAGAUGAGGAAUUUAGUCGAAAAUUAGUGGAAAAUGUGCUAAAACGUGUUGAAUUUGUUUAUAAUGAGAAAUUGAUGUAUUGCGAUGAAAUCGGACGAACAUUCAGAAGAUAUAAAAUUUAUAAAAAUUCCUUUGAUUGUAUUGAUAGAAAUGGAAAUAAUGUUUGA